GCGACUACAUCACAUCUAGCUCUAACGAGCACGGCAACCGGCACAAUCGCUUCGUCCGAUGUUGGAGGGCUCAGCCGCAACUUGCCAAAGAUAUCAAUUGCGCUGCCUCUCCCUGAUCAUGCAGUUUUCCCACUCAGGAUUUGUUUGGCCGCUGUUGACGGUGUCAGAACUUCCUGCCGCAUAAGUCUAAGCAGUCAACAACCACAUCAUGGCGGACCAAAUCGUCGACGCCGUCGAGUCGUACGACCCAUCCGCAUCGUCCAUCUUGAACAAACUCCCUGGCAAACGCCUCGACGCACACAUCCGCAAAGUAGCUAGUCGAGGCAUUCCAGCGCAGGGCGAGACAACGGGCGGAUAUGUUGAAGGCUAUGCUCACCUUUCCCACAUCCCCUUCUUCUCGCUAUACUCAGAAGAGCAACGCAAGAUCUUGGCCAAGAAAUGGGGUGACACCAGCAAAUGGAACGACUGGGGCAAGAAAGACGUCGACCUGCAGACCAAGGCAACCUUAAAAGGAAUGGAGCUCAUGGGCGGCGGCCACGGCACCCUCACCACAGUAAAGUGGAUGACAAGGACCAUAGCUGGGCUGGAGACCAUGGCUGCAGGUAUGGUGGUGGAGCAAAAUCAACUCGUUGUCAUCACGAGAUGGAUCGUGCCUGUGCGGCAAGGGGUGCCUUGGCUUGUUGAUGUGCUUGAGCAUCGAUGGCUGGAUCCCAAUAGCACUCGGGGCAAGAUGUCCAAGAUCUCCGGCAACGCCGUCCUCUUGAAACCCGGCCUCCCCACCGACGGCAAGGUGACAUUCAAGGUCUUUGAGCACGAGGCGAAGGGGCUGAAGAGCCAGAAGACGUGGUCAAAGAAGCGCGGAAUGGAAGCCUCGUGUGACGCAGUCGUGCUGAUCGAUGGCGGAGUAGACGUCCCCCUGGAGAUGGUUGCGCGGUUUCAGCGAGUGUGCAGUCUUUACGAAGGCCGAGAGAUGCAGAAGCGGUUUGAGGAUCAGUGGAAAAUCCCGAUUCUGCGCUGAUUACCCUGUUUGCAUUCAUGAGCGUUAUGUGAUGUGUUAUAUCUUGGUAUGGCAACGACUCGCCAAAGGGGUGGCUGGUGAUGAUGUGGGAUGGUAAAUAAAUCCUUGACACUUUUUCAAAUUCAG